CCAACUGUCAGCAGCCAAUGUGAGAAAGGCUGUUCCUCCCCGCUCGCAGGAAGCGGUAGUUUUAUGGAACUAACCCUGGGUCAGCCUUCCGAGGCGACGUACCGGGAUGCUGGGGAGGCUUCUGGGCCGUGGCCCCGUGGGGUGGUGGCGGUGGGGGGCUCACCCACGUGCCCGGGACCCCCGUGCUGCUCCAUCACUGCUGUGCUGUGCCAGAGGUGUCGGGGACGGAGCCAGGGGUGUGCAGGGCGCGGUGCUGCGGGCAGCUGCUCCAGGCUGGUCUUCCCACCAGGGAGCUGCUUGGUGCCCACUGCACAUGAGGUUUCUGCACCAAGUUCCUCGCCCUGCGUUCAAAAAUGAAAGAAGGCCUACGGAUUUUGACAAAAAGGUGUUGGUGUGGGCAGGACGCUUCAAAAAGGAAGAGGACAUUCCCGAGUACAUAACGUCUGAGGUUCUCGAUGCAGCAAGGAAUGCCGUGAGGAUAAAGGUUUGCUACAUCAUGAUUGCACUGACUUUGCUGGGCUGCUUGGCCAUGGUCAUCACAGGCAAAGAAGCUGCUAAGAAGGAUCACACGCUGCUGAGGGUGAAUGAAGAGAAGAAGGCUAAAUGGAGGGCUGAAGCAGAGAAAGAUGAGGAGGCAGCUGCUGUGAGGGCACAAUGAUCAGGAACAGGUUUGCUUUAACAGCGGGAGAGAAGUGAUUUGCACACAUGCCAUAUAUACCUGUCUUCGUUUUACUCUUUGGAUCUUUCUCUCUGCAGUUCUCUCAGGGCAAAGACUGCCCCACGUGAACUGUGAAGCUCUGGUGGAAACCCCAACAGCUUCUUUCUGUGGCCUCUGGUCCUUGGCACUGGGUUCAGCUAAAAUACAGACACCUCCUCUAAGCUGGGAAGUGUGAGGGCAAUGGCUGCAGGACUGCAGAGCUCAGGAUCCACUCCUAGUGGUGCUGCUGCUCAGCGUGGUCCUCGCAGCCAGGAAGAAUGCAACCCUAUGUCAGGGAGCAUCCCACGCUGUGCAAUUCCUCUAGUGCACGCAGGCUUAGCCAAAGGGAUUUGGGGCAGGGGGAAAACAGGUUUGAAACAUGUCCUCAAACCAAGAAGAGGUCAAAUAUCUCUUCCUCUGAGUCUGCUGUCAUUGCUGUCCCCUCUCUCUCCCCAGCCCCUCACAGGGGGACGUGAGCAGGGAGAGGUGGAGGGGUGUGAGCAGCCCUGGUGACUGAGUUGGGCCAAAAAGGCUUUGGGUCAGAGGAGCUGCUGGGAACAUGGGGUGGCAGCUUGAGCUCACGGGGUGGUUUGGUGGUGGUGGACAGCCACCAUCCCAGGAGCAGGGAGCAUGGCCGGGGGCAUUGCUCAUCCUGUUGCACCUCACUGGGUUUGCUUUUUCAUCUUCUGCUUCCAGCCGCUGGCAUGAAAGCUCCCUAGCACUUGCUUAGUUGUGAUUUUAGUUAGGAUUAAUUGCUAAUACAUGGUUUGCUAAAACUGAAUUCUUUUUAAUCACCAUAGUUCAUUAACUCAUAAUAAAACAGCUGUCCAAUUAUAUCUAAAACAAACA